ACGAUCCCAUGUGUGUGCCACCACCAUGGGGUGGUGCGACAGUGGAUGCUCAAACUCAUUGUGUUAUCCGUUACAUCACCGAUAAGGCUAUUUUGACACGCAUUUCAACAAGUACGCAUCCUUAUUUUUAUAUACAUAUACUAGCAAACACGAUGAUACACAGAUUCAAUACACCGCACCAAUGGAGAUCCCUGCGCCGCCGCCGGAAAAGCUCAUUUUCACUCACCGGGAGCCAAACGGCGUCGCAUUCGUGCUCAUCAACCGUCCAAAGGCCCUCAACUCCCUCACCCGGCUGAUGAUCGAGGACUUGGCCGCCGCGAUCAAGAGCUUGGCGUCGGACGAUUCGGUUCAGGUCAUCAUCCUAUCCGGGUCGGGUCGAGCUUUCUGCUCCGGCGUUGACCUGACAGCGGCGGAGGACGUCUUCAAGGGGAACGUCAAGGAUCCGGAGACCGACCCGGUUGUCCAAAUGGAGCUGUGUAAGAAGCCCAUAAUCGGAGCGAUUAACGGUUUUGCGGUGACGGCGGGUUUUGAGAUUGCUCUGGCUUGUGAUUUGCUGGUGGCGUCCAAGGAAGCUAAGUUCAUGGAUACUCAUGCCAGGUUUGGAAUAUUUCCUUCUUGGGGUCUAUCUCAGAAGCUUUCGCGCAUAAUAGGACCCAGUCGAGCCCGGGAGGUCUCCUUCACAGCCGCGCCUGUAACUGCUGAACAAGCUGAAAGGUGGGGUUUGGUUAAUCAUGUAGUUGAGGGAAAUGAGCUUUUGAGGAAAGCUCGACAGAUUGCUGAAGCCAUGAUCAGGAAUAAUCGGGACCUCGUGCAUAUGUACAAAGCAGUUAUAAAUGAUGGAUUUAAACUAGAUCUUGCUCAUGGACUUGCUCUGGAGAAGGAAAGGGGUCAUGCAUAUUAUGAUGGAAUGACUAAGGAGCAGUUCAAGAAAAUGCAGGACUUCAUAGCAAGUCGAAGCUCAAAUAAACCACCAUCAAAGUUGUAACUCUUACUUAUUUUCUUUUUCUACGGUUCUUGUUCAAAUAAAACGCUGGAUUAUCAUAUUUGUCGUAUGAGUAUGGCAGUAUUUCUUUUUCU